AGAGAGAGAGCAGAGAGAGAGAGAGCAGCAGAACAGGGCUAACCGUCCAACGGAGCGGCGCUCAGUUCAGCUCCUAGCUUUGUGCUUUUGCGACUAACGGACUUUUAGCGCAUACAAGUAUUUCUUUCCGACUUCAGCUACAGUGAUAGCUAAGUUUGGAAGGGAGAAAGGGGUAGAAACGCCGUGUCUUUUUAGUUUCUUUAGUCGUUACCUUCGACAAUAAGAUGCAGUGGUAGCCGGGGUCCACCUCCUUCACAACAUCACAAAAGAGGAGACAGCGUCAAGCAAAAAAACAAAGCAAUACUCUCUUGGUUAUUUUUUUUUUGCCAUUUGGACAACUUUAAAAAUGGAUAACCCUGGACCUAAGAGGUCAUGCUGUGAAUCUGUCCGAGACUUCUUCACUUCAGCUAAAUUCCUCAUUUACAUGGGACAUGCUCUGUCAACAUGGGGUGACCGAAUGUGGAACUUUGCCGUGGCUGUUUUCCUGGUGGAGCUGUAUGGGAACAGCCUGCUGCUCACGGCCGUGUACGGGCUGGUGGUGGCCGGCUCCGUGCUGCUUCUGGGGGCCAUCAUUGGGGACUGGGUGGACAAAAAUCCCAGACUCAAAGUGGCCCAGACUUCGCUGCUCGUCCAGAACAGUUGCGUCAUCGUGUGUGGGAUCCUCCUGAUGGUUGUUUUCCAGUUCAAAGAACAGCUUGUGGAGCUUUACAAUGGAUGGAUUCUGACCACCUGCUACAUCCUGGUGAUCUCCAUCGCCAACAUCGCCAACCUAGCCAGUACGGCUACAGCCAUCACCAUCCAGAGGGACUGGGUGGUGGUUGUGGCAGGUCAGGACAGCAGCAAGUUGGCAGACAUGAACGCCACAGUGCGGAUUAUCGACCAGCUGACCAACAUCCUGGCUCCCAUGCUGGUGGGUCAGAUAAUGUCCUUUGGCUCCCAUUUCAUCGGCUGCGGCUUCAUCUCUGGCUGGAACCUGUGCUCCAUGUGUGUGGAGUACGCGCUGCUGUGGAAGGUCUACCAGAAGACGCCGGCGCUGGCCGUGAAAAGCGGUCAGAAGGAGCAGCAACAGGAGCUCAAACAGCUCAGCCCCACCAAAGACUUGGAGAACGACCGGAGUCCUGAGGAGUCGUCUCAGCCGCUGAUGAAUGAAACGUCAGCCGCGGCCGCGCCCGACUCUCCCAAGCAGCGCGGCUGUUGCUCCCAGAUGAUGGAACCCCUGCGCACCCUGAAGGCCGGCUGGGUGGCCUACUACAACCAGAACAUUUUCUUAGCCGGAAUGUCCCUGGCAUUCCUCUACAUGACGGUGCUUGGCUUCGACUGCAUCACCACGGGCUACGCCUACACGCAGGGCCUCAACGGCUCGGUGCUCAGCCUGCUGAUGGGCGCCUCGGCCGUGUCGGGCAUCUGUGGCACCGUCGCCUUCACUUGGGUCCGCAAGAAGUGCGGCCUUAUCCGAACGGGCUUCAUUUCAGGAACGGCCCAGCUGUGCUGCCUCCUGCUGUGUGUUGCCUCUGUCUUUGCUCCCGGGAGCCCCUUCGACCUCAGCGUCUCGCCCUUCCAGGACCUGUACACCCACCUGAUCGGGGAGAAGACGCUUCCCGAGGCCGACCACAGCAUCACCAGCGUCCUCACCGGUAGAAACGCCACUACUGCCUCCCCCGCUGAAGAGCUGCCACAGCUUGACCUGCAAUCCUACAUGUCUGUUAGCCUGCUGUUUGCUGGCGUCAUCGCUGCUAGAGUUGGCCUGUGGUCCUUCGACCUGACAGUGACCCAGCUCAUGCAGGAGAAUGUGAUCGAGUCGGAGCGAGGGGUGAUCAACGGCGUCCAGAACUCCAUGAACUACCUCUUAGACCUGCUGCACUUCAUCAUGGUGAUCCUGGCGCCGAACCCGGAGGCCUUCGGCCUGCUGGUCCUCAUCUCCGUCUCCUUCGUGGCCAUGGGUCACGUCAUGUACUUUGGAUUUGCCUUCAAGAGCCUGGGCAGCCGCCUCUUCCUCUGCUGCUCGCCAGAGCACAAGGAGGAGACGGUGGACAGCCUGUCGCUUCCUACCACCGUCUAACCCCCAUUAAAGAGACUCUGUCCUGGGUACAUAUCUCUCAAGCCUUACCCUAGUCCUGCAGCUUAUCUAGCUAACAUAUUUGCUUGUAGCUUGCAGAAUGCUAACCUAAACCAGAGAAAGGUAACUUAACAUGCUAUGCAUACUGUAGCCAUGAAUACAGCAUUAAUCAUUAGUAGAGGGAGGUGAAUAGAACGCUUACGGUCUUAGAAAAACAAAUCCACAGUGAAACUUUUAGAUGAGGCAGGAUUGUGCUAACUUUUUCAGGCAGGGCCGGAUUCAGAUGAGAGCCUCUGCCUCCUGCCUGUCUCAUGCUCUUGUGAUACAUACGUGCACUGUCAAACAAGGAUCCAUCACUUCCAGGCAUUAGAAGUAAGAAAUAAGGGGACACGGCACUGCACAAUAGUCUCCUCCUAGCUAACAGCCUGGAUCUAGCUGUAAAGAUUUUCAAAAGGUGCUACAGCUAACUAAAGGGCGAUAUGAGAGGGAAAUCGUGCAGGGAAGCGGUCACAGAGGCUUGGAUUGCGGGGGGGCCGACUGUCUGAGACCACCCAAAAGAGAGAGCGUCCCCCUCCAUUUUGUGACUUUGUGGCUUGCCUCUCAGUGACUUCAUUGGUGCUGUAGCUGUGUCUGCUAGCAGUUCUCUGAUAGCCGGGGCUUUACAUGUACACGUAUGAUGAGCAGGUUGUGGA